CUACUCCCGGUACUGAGUGUGAGCUACUCCCAGGAGCUGCUCCCGGCACUGAGUGUGAGCUGCUCCCGGGAGCUGCUUCCGGUACUGAGUGUGAGCUACUCCUGUGUGAGCUGCUCCCAGGAGCUGCUCCCGGUACUGAGUGUGAGCUACUCCCAGGAGCUACUCCCGGUACUGAGUCUGCUCCCGGUACUGAGUGUGAGCUACUCCCAGAAGCUACUCCCGGUACUGAGUCUGCUCCCGGUACUGAGUGUGAGCUACUCCCAGGAGCUGCUCCCGUUACUGUGUAUGAGCUACUCCCAGGAGCUGCUCACG